GCCCUCCCACAGGUCUGCGCGCCAACCCGCUCGCCCACCCUGUCCGUGCCAUACCCGAUAGCCUACCCGCAACAGCCGUUGCCCACCCCCGCCUCACACGUCGCAGUGUGGCUCAUCAAGCCCGCCUAUAUCUGCCAUGGACGCUCUCCGUUCUCUCGUCCAGCCGCUCGUCGGCGGCGGAGGGGGAAAUAACAUCAUCGACGGCAUGAAGCUCGUCGUCCUCGGCACCACCGUCGAAACCGCCCGGAGGGUCGCCAGCUCCGGCUGGAACCACUUCGUGAAUUCCUUCUUCCUCACCGCGCACUUCAGCGAGGAAGACUACCCGUACGACUGGCUCAUGCUGUGGCUCAGCCGUCGCCCCGAGUGGCAGCGCUCGCGCGAGUUCGAGACGACCACGCGCACCGCCGCCCGCAGCCCGAACCCGAACUCGACCGUCCCCGACAACUCGUUCGGCGACGACGACGACAACGAUAACGACGAGGACGGCGACGACGGCCGCGUCCGCACCCGCGUCGUCUUCCAGCCCACGUUCGACACCACGCACACCAUCUACUACCGCGGUCACUGGCUGCGCGUUCGCCGCAGCCGCAGCCAGAGCAGCUACAACGAGAUGCUGUCCAUCUCGGUCGUGGCGAGGAACAACUCGAUCCUGAAGCAGCUCGUACUCCAGGCUAAACGCGAGUACGAGGCCGAGUCGGUGCACAGGAUACAGAUCUAUUUCGCCGACUCGCACGGAUCGUGGAGGUGGACCGACUCGAGACAUAAGCGCCCGAUGUCGAGCAUUGUCCUCAAUCCUGGCGUGAAGGAGAUGCUCCUCGCUGAUGCCAAGGACUUCCUGAAGAGCGAGAAGUGGUAUGCCGACCGCGGCAUCCCGUUCCGCCGUGGCUACCUGCUCUACGGCGUGCCCGGCUCCGGCAAGUCGUCGCUGAUCCACGCCAUUGCCGGAGAGCUUCUCCUGGACGUCUACGUCGUUUCGCUCUCAUCGUCCUGGAUCAACGACGCGACGCUUACCGCGCUCAUGGGUCGUGUGCCCUCGCGCUGCAUCGUCCUCCUCGAGGACCUCGACGCCGCCUUCACCCGAAGCACGAGCCGCGAAGAGGAGGGCGCGAACAAGGACAAGGCCGCCGGCCCGGAUAACCAGAAUUCGGGAUCCGGCAGCUCGAGGAGGAGGAAUAAGGAGCAGUUGAGCGAUGUGAACACGCUCAGCUUGAGCGGCUUGUUGAACGCGCUCGAUGGCGUCGCCGCGAGCGAGGGUCGGUUACUGUUCGCCACCACGAACCACCUGGAGAAGCUCGAUCCGGCGCUGUCGCGCCCGGGCCGGAUGGACGUCUGGAUCGAGUUCAAGAACGCGUCGCGCUGGCAGGCGGAGCAGCUGUUCCGCAACUUCUUCCCGUCUUCCGACCCCGCGCCGGAGGAGGCGGAGAUGAACCUCCCGACGGACGAAGCCGCGCUCGACGCCGAGCUGGGCGAUAUCAAGCUGAACGCGCGGAGGGAGGCUGUCCCGGAGACGCCGACGAAGGAGGGAGAGAUCCCGUUGCCGCCGACGCCGUCGGCCGAGGUGUUGUCCGCCAGCGGGGCGUCGUCGGCGUCGUUAGCCAGUCUGCCGUCGACGACGGCGACGAAGGUUGAGGCGGAGACGCAUGAGGCGGAGGAGGAGGAGGAGGAGGAGGAGAAGUUGAGCCCGGAGGAGAGGGCGAGGCGUGAUGAGGAGGAGAGGGCGCGGAUCGCGAGGUUGGAGAAGGAGCAUGCGAUUAGGCACGUGGCGACGCCGCUGUCGAACGCGCGGUUGGCGGCGCUGGCGCGUAAGUUUGCCGAGUCGAUACCGGACGAGGAGUUUUCGGUCGCAGCGCUGCAAGGAUAUUUGUUGAAGAAUAAGACGAGGCCUGAGGAGGCCGCCAACGGUGCUGCGGCGUGGGUUAUAUCCGAGCGGGAGAUGAAGGUGAAGCUAAAGAAGGAGAAGGAGGCGCGUGAGGCCAAGGAGAAGGCCGAGCGCGAGAAGCGUCGUAAGGAGAAGGCGGAGGAAGAGAAGAAGAAGGUGGAAGAGGACAAGACCAAGACGGAGGAGCAGAAGAAGAAGGAUGCAGAGGAGGCGGCGGAGAAGGCGAAGGCCGAGGAGGCGAAGAAGGAAGAUGAGAAGAAGGAGAACGACGCGGAGGAGAGCGGCAGCCAGAGCAGCAGCAGCGACGACGAGGGCGAGAACGUGCCCGCGACGCCGGCGGAGAACAGCACGGGCACGUCGUGGAACGUCGUGUCGACCGAGAACGGCGGCUCGGGCUGGGAUUGACUUGAUGUUCAUCCCGGCGGGGAUGAGGAAGACGACUGUCAACAAGAUCCUCCCGCCAUCCCAACACAUACCCGGAGCGACCUCAACACUGCAGCAGCGACGGCAACGGCGCCGGCUCUGGUCGCUAGCGCGCCGCGCACGAUGGCGGUCCUCCACGCACUGUAUCCUAUCACCCAACUCUACAUCCGCCUCUUCAAUUUGUACGCAAUACUCCUGCAACUCUUCGGCCUCGCCAGCCGAUAAACCACCACCAACCACCAAAGGAACCUCCCCACCGGUCAAUCUCAACUACGAAUAUUUCACCUGCAACGCAAUGGACCUCUCUCCAAAUAUGAUAUAGAUUCUUCGGGCGGUUGUCGUGUAUGACUAGAAUGUGCUCGUGGUUGCUGUUACCUCCAGCAAAGGGGGUGGAGUGACCAGACGGCUUUCUCAUGUGUUUAUAGUUGUCUUGUCGUUAUGCUUCUGCAACAUGCUUCAUUCUCUCUCUCAGUCGAUGUCUUCCCAUCGUGUUUUGUACAUACAUAGCUCACUGGAUACAAUUUGCUCGAAUGA